CAAUCAAGUUACAAAUAAAAAUCUAUUCUAAACUACUAACUAGAGUAUAUCUACUCUACUUAUCUCUAGAUCUCUAAUCUAGUUCAUCUAUAGUCUAUCUAUAGUAUAGAUAGACUUUGACUUGAGUCUAGGCCUAGGCUCAGAUGUGACUAGACUAGAUCUAGAAUCUAGAUCUAUACUUAGAAAGAUCUGAAUCUAGAUCUAGUCAAUCUAGAUACUAAGACUAAGUCAUCAGAGUUUAAGAUAUUAGUUAUAUAGAAUAUAAUCUAAAUCUAGUACAACAGUAUGAGAAGAAUUUUUAUAGAGUUAUAGAUCUAAACUUGUUAUACUGUUACUAGAUUUACUGUAUAUUUACUAUAUAACUAAUAUAAGUAUAUUAUAGACUAUAUAUAUAGUAUUAUUAUAAACCUGGUGGUGACACAGAUGGGGGUAGUGCUCUGUGUGUUUUUAGACUACGUUAAUUGCCCCAGGCCAGCCCUAGACAAAUGGUCGACCGCGAUGAGUGACAGUACACACAUGUGAUCGACCAGUGGUCAAGCAAAGUUCCAUCCGAUUCUAGAAGGCCUGUAGGGACCCUAUAUAAGAGCGAGUGUGUUAGAGUCAAGAGUUUGAGUUUUUGGCACAUCUGCACAAUUUAGGCCAUGUUGUGCCCGUAAUCCCUCAAGGGUUACUCUCCCUUCAUACCACAAGAGCUAAAUUUUAUAUAGUUAAGCCAUUAAAAUCAAGGUCCAUUCACAGUCACAACAGUAAAGGUAGUAAAAAUUUAAUAAUUUAAUAAAAAUCUUUUGUAGAUUUAUAUAUUCACGAUUUCACAAAUCAAACCAUCGCAGAUAACCACACCUCCCGGACAAAGCCCAGUACCUUCCCAGGAUCGACACUGUCAAACAGUGUUUUUAAGUUGUACGGUCUAAAAAAUUUCCCCCUAGUAUCCUGGUAUCUGGGGCAAUCAAUGAGGAUAUGUUCCACGAUGAGACAAGAGUCACAGUACUCACAAAUUGGGGGCUCCUCUCUCUUCAGCACAAAGGAGUGCAUGAUGCAGGUUUGGCCAAUCCUAAGUCUGGACAUGGUCAUGCUUCCAUGCCUUGGCCGCCACCUGACAUCCGCCACAAUCUGUCUGAAUUUGUUGUGGGUCUCAGCCUCCCACCGAUCCUGCCACUCUGGAUAGGUGGCAGAGGCAAUACUCUGUCUCAGGUCUGAGCAGGGAAUUUGGGUUCCUGACACCGCUUGAUUAAGGGCUCUUUUUGUUUCUCUGUCUGCCAUUUUGUUUCCCUCUAUGCCCACAUGGGAGGGGAUCCAGAUGAAGGUGACAUCCCUAUGGUCAGUUAUUAUUUGGUCCAACAGCGUUAGAGUCAAGACACUUCACGUUACCUCGCAGUGUGACCAGUACAAGGUGAAGUCAGAACCAGCACAGUGUGUGAAGUCAGUCUGGAGCAGAAGCAAGGUUUUUGGACAAUCUAACAACAAACAAGACAAUGCAUAACCAGAGAUAUGAAUAUGAGAAUAAAUGUUAAAUAGUUCUAGAUCUAUCUAGAUUCUAGAUAUCAUUUCUCAGCCUCAAAAACUGUACUGUCUGUACACUGUGCAGGAAUAUAUUGAUAACUGAAUAAUUUGACGGAUGUUUCUAAUGGAUUCAGAGAUAUAUGACUGUAAAUAUUAAUCUAGAUCUAACUGCAAAUAGAUCUGAUUCUUGCUUCAAGCUCCAACACCAAGCUUGUGGACAGUUUUACAAUCUAGAUUAGUGUUUGAUACUAUUCUUUUAGAUUAUAUAAGCAUUUAACUUUAGAAGUAAACAACUGGGAUUGUUUACAUUUACAAAUAUAAUGGAAGAACCUUUUUAUGGAGUUGAAUUGCUUCUGUUCCGACGAUUUCAGCAACAGCCUUCUUUAUGGUAUGAAUGGCUAGAUCACAUUCAAAAGAAAAUACUUUCUCAAUCAGCUAAUGAAUUGGAAGCUACUUGUGCAAAUUUCAAUACUUUAUUCAGUAAAGAUGAUUCAUCUUUCCCAAGUGAAUUGUUGGAUAUUAUACGUGAUAUGAUUCACAAACGUCAUAAACAUUUAAUUGAGUUUGUCAAAGAAGAAAUUGACAGGGAGCAUCGCAGAAAAAUUCCUAAAUAUGGAGAGACUCUGAUGAUGCGCUAUUUAAAUUUGCACAACUUCACUGAACUCAGUCUAGACAGUAUGUUUAAGUAUGGGGAUGAUACACGCCUACCCAGAGAAAUAUUCCGUUGUCCCAAUGUUAAGUAUUUGAGCCUUAAGUUCAACAGUUUAGAGUAUUUACCAUGUGAUGUAGGACGGAUGUCUAAACUGGAAUAUUUAGCUUUAACCAACAACAAGCUGUCUGUCUGGUCUCUGCCCUACUCGCUCACAUUUCUCACUCAGCUACGUACUUUGUAUCUAGAUAACAAUUUACUUGAUGCACUUCCUGGGUUCUUGCCUUACAUGUCAACACUAGAGACAGUCCAUCGUCAUGGUAACCACAACUACUUCAAGUCAACCUUCAUGUGGUACCAUACAGAUGUUAAUCUGCGUAUCAUACCUGUAACAUGUGAGGCUCAGCCCUAUGGACAGUAUGAGAGUUUGCAGUUUUGGGCUGCAAAGGCUAUCAUAGGUUCUAAACAUAAUUUUUUUGAAGACCCAACAAUAGUUCCUGUUCUGAAAGAUUACAUAGCAGACAUCUACAGGCUCUUUAAUAUCUGUCAUCACUGUAAUAAAGCUUGCUUCACUAACUCUAAUGGUUUCAAGGUGAUUACCUUUAAAAAUCCAUACCUUGGCAAUACAUGUGUGCCUUUCCAACACUGGGCGUGUUCCCGGGAGUGUGCUAAAGCUGUGGAGAUCCCAGCAAGGCUGGAGCAGAUAUCUGCAGCUAGGGAGCUGGACCUUCGUUACGAGAUCUACAUCAGAGACUGCAUCAGAAAGUUUUCCACCUGUCACCACUCCUACAGCAUGUUGUCCUGUGCAUCAGUGAGGAGGUCGGAUUGUGAGCACUCAUGCAGGAAGGAGGAGGACCUAAUAGACAGUCAUCUGAAGCCUGCCUGUCAAAGUAGCUUGAUGAGAGGGCGUAAGUCUUGUAAAAAACACAAGCACCAUGGGUCAUCUGUAAAAUCAAAAUGCGGAUGUGAGAUUUCUUGAUUGCCUUUCGAAUUUAAUGUUGUUCAGGGUACCAGGACAAGGCAUAAUAGAAUUGCUUGUCUUUAAAAAGAAUUGACCUUACUUGAAUAUUUAAAUAUUUUUUUCCAACCCAAAAUGUUUACAAAACUAAUGACUAUCUAAUGUGAUAUGUUAAUCUCUUGAAAUAUUUGGCUUCCAAAACUUGAAAUCUCUAAACAAAUGUUUAAACCGAAGGGAUAUUUCUCAUCAUAACCUUAAUUUAAUUAUUUUUUUUGAUAUGUAAAUAUUGUUUUCAGUUUAUAAUAGUGUUAAUGUUAUUGCUUGGAAAAUAAACUUUAUAAAAAUGCCAAAAAAAAAAAAAAAGUCAUGUGAAUAAAAACUUAAUAAAUUAAUAUUUAAACAAUUACUCAUACUUUUUGUUCAGCAUGUGAUAGUUGAUGAUGAGAGCUGCUGUUUUUAUCCAGGGCAGAUGUAGAUCUGACACUGAAUUUCUGUGCUUAUGUGAUUAAUAGUGCCUAAAUGGUGCACAGUACAGUGUACCUUCUAUCUAGUUCUGGUUUUGAUAGUUGGUACAGGCACAUUCUUUUCAAUCGUGUUUUCUUCUCUACUUCCCCAUGUCUGCUACAAGACUCUGGGUUUUUCUGUCUUUUGUUUGCUGCAGUCUUCUAGACAGUACAGUCAAUAUUGAAAAUAAUUUUUUAGUAUAUUUUUAUCAUGUAAUCUGGCAAACCUGCCAGCAUUUUCUAUAUCUAAAUUAACCUAAGAUUUUAAACCCUAAUGCUUUUGAGGCUCUGUUUUGACUAGUCACAUGUUAUUUGAAUAAUAGUUGAUGUGUGAACCAAUACUAUACUUCUCUGUGCAGAUUCCUUGCUGUCUAAAAGUCACUUUUGUUGUAUUCAUUUGAAGUUCCAUGAAAUAGUGAGGGCAUUGUUUCAUUUGUUUGUGUUGUUGAUUACAUUCCCUGGUUUGUAGUCUCUUUUGUCAGCAAUCUCAGUUCUCUAAUGUGUUGUCCUAUUUUUUGGCUUCAAUUUAAUUGUGUUUGAAUUCUUCUAAAAUUGAUUGAAUAUCUUUGAUCUCACUUUCUUAGGUCAUGAUGACAUUACAGCUUCAUCAUUGCGCUCCCAUGCCUGCAAUCCACUGCCAUGUUGUCAGCUUAUAAUUAAAAAACUAAGUAUCUUAAUUUCAUUAAGUCCUAUGUUUGAAAUCCUACAGUUCAUGUUUGCAUCUAUUCGACUGUAGUUUUAUGCUGACAUCUAAAGCUUUGCAUUAAUGGUUUAUAUUUUAUAGUCACAUCCACAUGCUUGUAUUUACACAUUUUGUGGUCUUAUGUUUGUUUUUGAUUUGGUGGUCUCUCAUUUAUUUCAAACUAGGCUGCCCAAUAUUUUCCUUUAGAUAAAAGAUCUCUCAAAUUUUGAAGAAACAAGUCAAGCAACUCUAUAAAUAAUAAACUUAUUAGGAAAGGAAAAAAAACAGGGGGGGGGGGGUAAAUGAAGAAGAAAGAUAAACAUUCUGUAUCUUGCAAUGUUAUUAUCUUUCAUUUGAAGGAAUGUCUGUAAUUUAUAAGAUAAGAUAUUAGUGCACUCUUUAUUCCUCUGAAACAGAACAGGACCUCAUUUUGAACUCUUAAGUUACAAUGUCUAUUUUUAUGUACUUAAGUUCAUUAUGAAGGAGGGAUUGGUUGAGUGAUACGGCCCCUGACUUUCAAACAGAGAUCUCAAUGUUGGAUCCCAGUGAAUACUGGGAUUUGAUUGUGUUGGCCACAUGACAAUCUGGAGAACAACUGAACAUAGAAACAGAUGCCUUUUACAUCAUCUGUCCAUUGGACCACUGGGUAUCAAAGACAAACCUUUAACUCCUUAAGACUUUUAUAAUUUUUCCAUUGUGUUCUUUAUUGUAUUGUCUUUUUUUUUGUGUACAACAUUUUUGAGGUCUUUUCUAUUUGAAUAUUUCUGACAAAUUUCUCAUUAAACUUAUUUAUAAUCAGCCUUCCUGAAAACCAAACCAUGUAUUAAUGGCAUGAACAGAGUUGGAUAUUCGCUUUUAUUAAAAAUGUGCCAUUUGAAAUCUUGCUUUUUCUCCUAAUCAGUCUUGACUGAAAUUCAAAAUGUUUUUGUUUUUUUUGUCUAUUCUCAAAUAAAAAAUCCUUGAUGUUGUUCAACAUACCCACAAUUGAGUCUUUCAGUUGAAAAAGUUCACUGAAACAAAGCUGUCAAACUUGCUCCACUUUGUAUUGAUCAAAGUGUGUUUGGGCCUUGGUUCAUUGAGAAUAUAUUUGUUAGACCACCUCAAGUGAUAUUAAAUUGUAGGCAUUGAUUUUGUAUUUUGAAUAUGUGUUGAAGUUUAAUAUUGAUGCUAAUGAACUUAAUAUUCACUUUUAACUUGUGAUAAUGUUUGUGUCUAUGUAUUUAUUAUAUGACUUGUUCUUCAAAGACUUUAUCUUUGUCAUUUAGUUCUAUUUGUACACAUUUAAUCAAAGGAUCUUUCACCAUUCAAAGCAAUAUAAAUACAUCACUUUGACCUGAUGCAGCUUGUAGUUUUGUUCAUGUGUGCAUGAAACUUACCUUAUAUUUAACUGUAAACUCAUAAUUUCACUCAUAAAUUUGAAGCAUCAAUAGACAUUUUCUUUCACUGGGUGGCUGUGUGCAUCUCUUACCUUGUUCACACUACCUGCUAGCACUGACCUUAAAAUAUAUUUUAAAUUAAGAUUUUGAUUGCCAAAAAGUUUGUUCCUUGUUAUGCCAAAAUAUAUUUUUGUGUGUGACAAAAUGUCUCAAAUGAGUUUCACUUUUUAUUUAUCUUUUUGUAUGCAUGCAUUAUGUUCAGCCUUAUUUAUAGACUUAAAUCAAGUAUUUUAAAAAGUGACUAAUUAGUCCAAGAAGCAAAACAAAUAAGGGCUAAAUUUUUCAGGACUAUGUAAAUUAGUUUUAUUUACAAUUUUGUUUUGAAAAGUAAGUUGACUUUACUUUAUUCUUAACUAUUUAUUAGUAGCUUAUGCUCAAUACAUUGUUCAAGAAAGUACCGGUACAAUGCAUUGUUUCAAUAAAUAUGUUAUAGACUUUCUCUAAUUAGGUUUUUUGUUUAAGUACAACUGAAAAAAAAAAUGGAGGUAGAAUUGAAAUUAUUCACAAUGUAGCAUGAUCCCUUUUUUAUUCUCUAGAAAGCUCCACACCUCCUCCUCAGGGCUAUUCAACAUUUGUUGGUGAGUUCUCCUCAUUUGCAUGGAAUCACUAUUCAGUUUCCAGGUGUAUUUAGUGUCUAAGUGGACCUAGUAUUGCACUGGGCAUCUUUUGUCUCUGUUCACUUUUGUUUUAAAUCACUAUGGCUAAUUACAUUCAAUUUAUUUUGUUCAUGCCUA